CCGCUUGGUUUCGUCAUCGUUCAGGCGUCCCUUCCCGCUCGCAGUACUUCCUGCAGUUUCACUGGUUUCGCGUCGUGCGGAGGAGUCGCACGUCGAUAAAACGAGCUCGAGGUUAAAUCACAAGCUAGAAACUAUUCAGAAUGAGCACUCGAGUAUUCGUUGGUGGAUUAACAUACCGGGUGAGAGAGCGCGACCUUGAGAAGUUCUUCCGGAAAUAUGGUAGAAUCAAGGAGGUCGCUAUGAAGAAUGGAUUUGCCUUUGUGGUAAGUCUAAUGUGGUUCAAUUGUUUUUUUACAGUAUGGUAGGGACAAGGGUCUAUGUCGGUGGGCUUCCAUACGGCACCAGGGAAAGAGACCUUGAGAGAUUUUUCAGAGGCUACGGUCGAUUCCGUGAUGUUCUCAUCAAGAAUGGUUAUGGCUUUGUUGAAUUCGAUGACUAUAGAGAUGCCGACGACGCCGUGUAUGAACUAAAUGGAAAGGAACUUUUAGGAGAAAGAAUUACUGUAGAGAGGGCCCGGGGGACACCUAGGGGUAGUGACCAGUGGCGCUAUGGUGACUCCCGUGGUGGUUAUGGGGACUCGAGGCGAUCUGCCCGAGACGAUAUGCGGCACGACAGAGAUAGUGUGAACAGAAACACGAGGACCGCAUCUAGCUACAAGCAAUCAUUGCCCAGAUAUGGACCACCAACACGGACCGAAUAUCGCCUCACCGUGGAGAAUUUAUCGAGCCGCGUCAGUUGGCAGGAUUUGAAGGAUUAUAUGAGACAAGCUGGAGAAGUAACAUACGCUGAUGCUCAUAAGCAACGUAGAAAUGAAGGAGUUGUAGAAUUCGCGACAUAUUCUGAUUUGAAAAAUGCUAUCGACAAAUUGGAUGAUACAGAAUUAAACGGCCGCAGAAUUAGACUCAUCGAAGAUAAGAGACGCGGUCGUCGUUCCAGGUCAUCUAGUUCAAGAUCCCGCUCACGUUCCCGUUCACGUUCUCGUCGUCGAUCGCGUUCCCGCUCAAGGAGCCGCCGCAGCUCUCGCAGCCACAGCCGCCGUAGUACUCGUUCCAAAUCUAGGGCACACUCGAAAUCCAAGUCCAAAUCUAAAUCCAAAUCUCCUGAGCGCAGUCGCUCACGCUCAAAGUCCAAAUCAAGAGACCGCUCAAAGUCGAAAUCUAAGUCAAAGUCCAAAUCCAGAUCUCGUUCUAGGUCCAAGGCUGAGAGGUCAAAGUCCAGGUCGCAGUCCAAAUCCAAAGCCAAGUCUCCCUCAAAGGAUAGAUCGAGCCGCGAGCGUUCCAGAGGCGACCGAUCCAGAUCCCGGUCGGGAAGUAAACACAGCAAGAGUCGUAGUCAUUCUCGCUCGCCCAUGAACGGUGACAAGUCGCCGGAAAGCAAGAAAGCCGAUUAAAUAUAUUUUUUUAAAUUAACUUUUUUCUUUCUUUUCUUUUUUUUUAUAUAUAUUAAAUCACAUUCGAAAACCGCCAAUACCUGAUAUCAUUACAAUUUCCGAUUUUAUUGAUUGUAACAAUAAAGUUUCACAUAAAUCUGUACACAUUGUACCGACACUCUGUCAUACACUUUGAUACUCGGGAUAUUCAACACAAUCGGCUUAACAAUCUAUACCUUGUUUAUUCGAGACAACUUAUUAUUUCGUUACUUUAGCUAGUUAUGAUAUAUACAUGCUAGCCGCAUCUUGUGGUUUUUUUUUUACUCUAAUUUCUCUGUUUUUCUAUCAUUUCCUUUUUUAGUUGUUAAUUUAGGUUUAGAAUACACAUCCGAUUUGAAUAAUUCGUGCAUUUAGACAGAUAAGGAUUCUUUAUUCAUACGUCUGAUUCUACAUGUUUUAUCAUGUUCUCUACAUGUAUCACCAUAUAUCAGUACGAGUUCACUUAUAAUAAUAACGGCUUUUUGUAUAUAUUACUAAAAGUUACAUUACAAUAUAAGAAGGUAUGUGAUGUGUAUUAAAUUUAGCGGUAAGAGGCAUCUUGAUUGUCAAUAAAAAUUCUUGUCAAUGCAAAUUGACUUCAUGCCCGAGCAUACUCCGUUCCCGUUCGUUUAUUUUGCACAUCUUUAAAAAAAAAAAAAAAAAAAUACUUUAUAAAUAUUUUCAAAUUUUGACACGUAGUAUUAUAUUUCUAAUAUUGUGUGUGACUUUUAUACAAAGAGUUAAUUUCUUUAUAAUUAUUUGUACAAAAAACUUGUAUCCAACAAUUGUCUCUGUUAUAAAAUUGUGUCCAUUGUAUGUACAAUUGUAAUACAUAGAAGAAAUUA